AUGAGUUCCAAAAGAAGGGUAGGAAUAGCCCAUUUCCUCCUCAGAACCUUUGAAAUGCUGGAUACACCGAAGCUUAAACAUCUGAUAGAGUGGUCCGAUUGUGGAGAGAUGUUCUAUAUCAAAAACUCUAGGGAAUUCGCAAACAAAGUGCUUCCUUAAUAUUUCAGACAUCGCAACUUUUAAUCUUUCUUACGACAAUUGAAUAUGUAUAACUUUGUUAAGAAACGGUUGAAGAAUGGCUGGAAUCAAUUUCAACACAAGUAUUUCAAAAGGGAAGCCAAAAAUCUACUCGUACAUGUUCACCGUCGAAGCAAUGGUUAAUAAUCUGACGAGGAAGAACAAACAGACCAAUAAGACUCAAUCAAAAAACAAUAAGAAUAAUUACAAUAAAUCAAAUAUCUCCAAAAUGAUAUUGUUCUUACAUCAAGUUUCCUCUUUCAAUAAUCUGUAAUUCUGUAAGGCAACUUCUAACGUCUCAAGAAUAAAUUAUUGUAUCAGUACAUAGAGGAACAGAAACAAGAAAAAUUCCUCUUUAACACCUUCUCUCUUCUAAAUAAAUAACAAACCGAUUCCCCCAAGUUAACUUAAACCAUACUAACUCAGAAUCGUAAAGAAACAGAUCAGGAACCAUAAUUAUUUGUACUCUCUUGA